AUGGACGACCAAACCAAUCUGAUGAGGCAGCUCCUCCACCAAAUAAACUUAGUUCAAAACCUUGGACAACCGAGCGAAGAAAGAAGGAUAGAUGAACGCACCGAUCGGCAGCUCGAUGGGUACCAAGCAGGUCGAGCAGGAAUGGGCAGACAAGGAGAGGGACAACAACGUGAUCAGCUUGCCGGCAUGUCACAAGCAUCCGCAAGCCACACACAAAGCAACGUGCGAGAAAGGCUCGGCCCACGACUUGACGUCCGUGCUUGCAUGGGCCCGCAGGGAAAUGUUCUUGAAAGGCUAGGCUCCCAGGGAGAUCAAAUUGACAAUCGCCGCAAUGAGGAUCGUGAAGAGAGGCGCUCCGCUGCCCGCUUGCAGAGAAAUAUUCACGAAAGGUUAGGCCCCUAG